CCCAUUAAUUAAAUAAAAAAAAAAAAACAACAACCAGCCGCGUCGGUACACCUAAAACGUAGCUUGUGGAUAAUAUGUCCUGCGCUCAAUAUGCUACAACGCGGCGCACUAUCUACGCUUAAGCUGUGAAGGGACGGCAACAGUGAAAAAAAAGAAGCAGCAAAGCUAAAAAAGUGCAUACUGGAGUGGCUGCUGCUGUGACUGCGCGAGCAUAAAAAAUUGAAAUCGCCAAAUCGAAGCAAGCGUAUACACACACACACAUAUAUAAAACAAAGAUCUUGUAAUAUUCAAUUAACAUUUGAGAAAUCUUAACGAAGAAAAUAAUUACUACGUUCGAAGAAAAUUCAAACAACGCCCAAAACAACAAAAAAUUAACAGAUACAAGUACGAGGAGCUGAGUAACAACGACACAACGAAAGAUUAUGCAUUUAUCUUUCAGAGACAAAAUAGCAACAACAACAACAACAACUACUACUAGUACUACAAUAACAACGCAGUUACAUUCCAGUGGAAAGUAAGGGAGAAAUAGAGGAACAUGUUUUUAACCAGCAUAAAACAGCAUAAAAUUAUGAACGAGCACAUUUUUCUGUGAAAACCGAACGCCCGAAAGAAAAGUGUUGCCUACACAAACACACACACACGCAACACACACAUACGAAUUGAUAUACAUAACGCGUACGCAGGCAAAUAACCGCACACAAACAAACAGACGCUUACAAAUAUCUACACACAUACACACACACACACAUAUAUACACUCAGAAUGUCCAGCUGGGCUGAGCGCGUGCAUCGACGCGCCGCUGAUUUGGGCAACGUUGUCACAUCCUGCGGCCAUCCAGCGACCGCUCCCGCCUAUCCGUACCGCUUGGAGAAGGUGAAGUUCGGUGUACCCCUGGAGGAGGUAUGCAAGCACAACAACAACAUUCCUGGGCCGCUGCUUGUGCUCAUAUUGAAACUAAACAAGGAGUCGCCCAAUCGACGCGAUGUUUUUCGUGCGCCCGGCCAUCAGGGCGCAAUGAAGAAGCUCAUACACUUCCUGCAGGCGGGCCGACUUGUUAACGUUGACAACUAUUCGGUGUUCACCAUUGCCAGCGUAUUAAAGAAGUUCCUUCGCAAGAUACCCAAUGGCAUCUUCGGACGCAAUGGCGAGACGGAGCUCUUUGCCAUUAACGAGCUGCAGAACGAAGCCGAGCAAACGGACCGUUUACACAGACUGUUUGCAUCACUGCCCAAAUAUACGCAACAUCUAUUAGUUUUACUCUUUGGCACAUUCCGCGUUAUCGCCAGCAAUGCGGCCCACGCAUCCACGGGCAUGACUAGUGAGGCUCUGGGCGUGUCUGUGGCGCCCAGUUUCUUUCAAUCCUGCGUCAGCGACGGCAAGACGGCACGCAUGGAGGAUGUGCUCAAGUUUAAGGUGGCCACGAAGAUCAUGCAGCACAUAAUCGAUAAGUUUGCCACACACGAUAUCUUUGGACGCGAAAAUUAUGAAUACUAUGCGCGCGUCACGGGACGCAUUCUGAAGGUGCAGGACGAAUGGAUCUGCAGUUUUCAAUAUCCGCCGCCGCCACGCGGCAAAUUGGCACAACAGAAAUAUGCAUUGCAACAUUCUUUGGAGGCCGAAAAGACUUGGUUGCAGUGCCAAUGCGAGCGUUGGGGCUUACUGGCCCAGGAGGAAUCUCGCUCGACGCCCGCACUGCUGACCAGCUCCAGUUCGGCGCUGGAGAACAGCGUGCUCUCGCUGGGCGUAUCGCCAGAGCACUCGUUCAUCGAGAGCUGUGCCCGUCUCUCUGUGUCGCUGGAGGGACCCGGCAUCUUUGCCAUGACCAGUUCACCGCUGCCCGCCAAGCGCAAUGGCAACGGCAAUGGUAACGGCACCGACUAUGACUAUGAUGAUUAUGUGGACGAUGAUGAGGAUAACGAUGAGCUGGCCCAUGACUUUGCAGCCGAGCUGGAGCUGAGCAGCAUUGCGCCUGCCACGCCAGCACAUCAGCAGCAGCAGCAGCAGCUGCGCGGCUUUCAGCGUUUGAAGCAGCGACAUCAGCACAUGAUGGGCGCGGCAAGCAACUCGCAGGAGGAUGACGAGGACGAGGAAGAUGAUGAGGAUGACGAACUGACAACCGUGAAGCGUCGCUAUCGUCAGAACAAAAAGAAGCCGCUGCCCAGCGGCCAUCACCAGCGACGCCUGCGCACCGGCACCAAAAGCCUCGACGGCGGCGGCGAGCGACGCGGAAGCAAUGCCACAGCCGCGGGAACAGUUGCCACGGGAGCGGCCACAGCGACAACAAGUACAGCUCUCGCCGGCAGCAAUGGCGGCAAAUUGAAGCAGCAACAGAGGACCUGCAGCCGUUGCAAUCGGGGCAUACGUCACAGCAGCUCCUGCAGCUCGAAUUCGGGCGGAGCCGCUGGCUCGAAUGGCGGCGGCAAUGGCAACACCGGAGCCAACUCUGGCGGCAUGACCAUGGAGGAGCUGCGCGCCGUCAAUCGCUAUGCGGAGAGCACCAAGAGUCUCUCGUAUUUGCCACAGGUUCAUGAACGGCAAACCGCACGCAUGCGCACCCGCUCCGAGUGGUUCUUGGGGCCUCGGGAUGCGGUCGUCUCGCUGCAGCUGCCGGCGGAUACAUGCAGCAACUGCUGCCUGGCGGUGGCAGCCGCCGCUGCUGCUGGUUACCUGGGCGGCGGCAGCACACGCGACAUGCGCCAGACUGUUGCCGGCGUCGGUGGAGCGGCUGACAUCGAUGCGGAGCGCAGCCAGGCGGCGCUGCUCUAUCACUUCUAUCGCAGGCAGCAGCGUGAACGGGAACAGCAGCCGCAGCUGGACGACAUGAUGGACACCGAGGAUAGCUACAGCUACGGUCGUCAUCAGCAGCAGCAGCAACAACAGCAGCAACAACCACAGCAACAACAGCAACACAUACAUUCCAAGGGUCUGCUGCGGCCGCCGCAGCAACAGCAACAGCGCCGCCUGCUGCUGGACGCCAAUUCGGUUGGCAACAUCCGUUUGAGUAACAGCGCCGAGUCCAUACAGUACACAGCGCGUCGACCCAACAACAUCAUCAGCAAUACCAACAGCAGCAGCAAUCCCAGCAGCAACGCCCGCCGCCUGCUCAUCAAUGUGCCACGCCAGUAUCCAUUGCGUUCCUCGCUGCGACGCCACAAGGAGAAGCAAAUCGGCGGCAGCCAAAGCAACAGCAGCAACAGCAUCAGCAACGAGCAGUUGACGGGCGGCGCAACAACGGCAGCAACUGUUGCUGCUGGAGCAGCGUCGCUGAACAAGCCGCUGUUGCUGGUGGGUCUGUUGCCCGGCGCGGAGCAGCCGCCAUCGGUGCGCAACUCCAUCGCGGACUGCGGCAGCCUUGACUAUGACAAAAUGGACACCAUGGAGCAUCAGCUGAGCGUGGAGUGCAGCACAACGUUGAGCUUCAAGCCGCCGCGGCUGUAACAGUAGCGGGACCAGCCGGAGGCCAAGUUGGAGGCAAGCAACGCAGGCUCAAGCAACAUAUGAAAAACCAAGUUAAUUAAUUCAAUAUUUGACUAGCGUAUAAUUCAAUUUUAAAUGGAGUUUUAUUACAAAACACACACAUCUAUAUAGUAUAUAUAUAUAUAUAUAUGUUUUGUAUUUAUGUGUAUAGCAAGAAAAGGCUGAUUUUCUUUAGUUUAUAACGAUACAAAUUAACGGAUAUUGCAACAAAUUGCCAAAUUUUAUUUGAGACAGAACAAACAGCAGGCAGCAAAAGCUGUACGAAAUGAAAUUGAAUGCAUUCUUUUGUUGUAUCCAUUCGAAUAUAUAUGUUUAAAUUCAAUUCAAGAAUCUCUACGGUUAGUUUAAAAGGGAAAGAACAGAAUUCAAAACACUCGGGAACAUUGUCAAUAGAAAUCAUAAGCUAGGUGCAUUUCUUUUGUGAAACCUAUGAACUGAGCAUUAACAGAAAUAUCAAAAGCAACGACACACAUAGAAGAAACCUAAACAAAUUUCAUUUUUGUACAUACAUUAUUACAGAUAUCCAAGAUUUCAAGCCCGUUUUUUUUCAAGCAAAGACUCAUCCUACAAUCAAAAUCAAGAGUUCAAUAUUGUAAGAUACGCAACUCAAACUCAAUAUUAAUAUAUACGUAAUAGUACAAAAAUCAGGUCGAAAAUUUAACAAAAAAUAAAAGAGCAAGAUGAAAUAUGCAUAUUAUAAAUACACAAA